UUGUUACAGUCACAACAAGGUCGGAGGAGAGCAAAACAUCCACACACAUAAUUGAACCGCAACCUGCAGGCAGCAAGGCAAAUCCCGUUAGAUCUUUAACCAUAGUUAACACUUCUCUUCUUCUCCAAGCCAUUCCCAUUUUCCAUUUUCCAUUAACGACAAAAGCAAGCAAGACAAAGAAAGAUGGACAGACUUACUAGAAUGUUCGCCGGUGCCGGAGGAGCGUUGGGCCACCCGCCGCCCGAUUCCCCCACCCUCGACACCUCCGAGCAAGUAUAUAUCUCUUCCUUGGCUCUCCUCAAGAUGCUCAAACAUGGAAGAGCUGGUGUUCCCAUGGAAGUUAUGGGGUUGAUGUUGGGCGAAUUCGUCGAUGAGUAUACUGUUAGAGUUGUUGAUGUCUUUGCUAUGCCGCAAAGUGGUACUGGUGUUAGUGUUGAAGCUGUUGACCAUGUCUUCCAGACCAACAUGCUUGAUAUGCUUAAGCAAACUGGAAGGCCAGAGAUGGUUGUGGGAUGGUAUCACUCACAUCCUGGGUUUGGUUGCUGGCUUUCUGGUGUAGAUAUCAACACACAGCAGAGUUUUGAAGCUUUAAACCAAAGAGCUGUUGCUGUAGUGGUGGAUCCUAUACAAAGUGUAAAGGGAAAGGUUGUUAUUGAUGCCUUCCGUUUGAUAAACCCACAAACCAUGAUGCUUGGUCAAGAGCCUCGUCAGACAACAUCUAACCUUGGGCAUCUCAAUAAACCAUCAAUUCAGGCAUUGAUCCAUGGGUUGAACAGACAUUACUAUUCUAUAGCCAUCAACUACAGAAAGAACGAACUUGAGGAGAAGAUGUUGCUGAAUCUUCACAAAAAGAAAUGGACUAAUGGUUUGACACUAAAGAGAUUCGAUGAUCAUUCUAAAACCAACGAGCAGACUGUCCAGGAAAUGCUGAAUCUUGCAAUCAAAUAUAACAAAGCUGUCCAGGAAGAGGAUGAAUUGACUCCUGAGAAACUAGCAAUUGCAAACGUGGGAAGACAAGAUGCUAAGAAGCAUCUUGAAGAGCAUGUGUCCAACUUAAUGUCAUCCAAUAUAGUUCAGACAUUGGGUACAAUGUUAGACACUGUUGUGUUUUGACUUUUGAGGUGUUGUGCAUUUUAUAGAUUUGUAAUUUCUACUUGUGUAAUUUGAUCUCAUCUACUAGCUGCACAUUAUAAAUUUGGAUUCUCACAUUGUUGUACCGGUACGUGAUUUUCUCUGAUUAUUUCGAUAAUCCUUGUGAAUUUGGAUUCAAGACAUACACGUCUUUUUGAGCAAUCAUUUCUUGAUACUGUAAA